AACGCGACCCGCCGCUCCGUUGGAACGCCGUUAGAUGGAGUCGGCGAAGCGGAAGAGGGGGGAGGACGGCGCCGUCAGCGGUCGCCGUGAAGUGACGGACGCGGAGGUCGAGGAGUUCUACGCGAUCCUCGGCCGCAUCCGCGACGCUUCGAGGCGUCUCCCGACGGCGCCGUCGCCUGACGCCGUCAGGUCGGGCGCCGUCGGCGGCGGGGCGCGGUGGAGCCCGGCGUUCGCGUGGGAGGACUUCGCCGUUAGGGACGACGCGACGUCGCCGCUAAAGAUAACGGCGGCGGCGGCGGCUUCGGGGGCCGGGGAGAGCGCGGAGCCGCGGAGAAUCGACCUCAACGCCGAUCCGGAGCCCGAGGUGGGGACCCCGUCCCAGUGAGGUUACCGCUCCGGUGAGGUUACCGCAUGAGAGCGUAAUAAAUGCCCGCGCAGUAGGGCGGUGAGAUUAAGCGACGAGCGAGAGGGGCGGUGAUCGGACCGCGGGUAGAUUUUUUUUUUUUUUUUGCCCUUUUAACCGACAGGAAAAACAAAUGCGGGAUCUGAUAUUGUGAAUAUAUGUAUGCAAGGAAAUUUCUAUUUUUAUUAAUAUUUUUAUUGAGACCUCUUUAAUUUUUUA